GGUGUCCUCGAUGUAUCACACAAUGUGGUCACUUCUGAGAGAAACACUGUUGGUCGGUGUGCUGUUUUUGGUUUUGUGGUACAUGUACAAACUGUUCUUAGCUCCAUUGUUUUCUCCACUAAGAAAGAUACCAGGAUGCCCAUACAUUCCGCUGGUAGGGAACAUGCUAGAGGCUCGUAAAGCUGAACCAAUGACCAAUACAAUCAGAUGGAUGAAAAAAUACAAGUCAAAAAUCAUUCGAUUUUACUACUUUGGAGGACAAGAAAGACUACUAGUUGCAGAUCCAGAAAUUUGCCGCCAAAUUUUAGUCACAAACAGUCGCAACUACAAACGAUUUGGGAUACAGUCAUCAUUUCAGAGGUUGACAGGAACUGCCCCACUAUUUGUCCUGUCAGGGGAGCCUCAUCACGUGAUCAGGAAGAUCUCGAAUCCAGCCUUCUCCCCAGCUGUUUUGUUUGACAUGAUUCAUGUAUUUCAAGAGAAAGCACUCAAUCUGUGCAAGAAAUGGGAAUGUUUACAGAAUGAUUAUGCAGAUGUUCAGCUACAGUCAAAUCUCCAGACAAUGACUUUAGAUGUAAUUUGUAAGUGUGGUUUUGGCUAUGACACUGACUUCCUUAAAUCUCCCAGUUCCUCUGAGGAUGAAGAUGGAAUUCGUUCUGUAGUCAGUGGAGUCAGAGAUGGGUUUUUUGACUUCCUUCCAUUUUCUGAUUAUUUCCCUACAAAAGCCAAGAUGAAACUAAAGAAAGAUGUCAGAUUUACCAAAGCAUUGACAGAAAAGAUUAUUGAAAGCCAGAAGAAUGAAAAGUCCACUAGAAGAGAUAUUUUGACAAUGUUGACAACAGCCUGUGACACAGAAGGAUCACACCUGUCAAAAAAAGAACUGAUUGAUCAGGUGUUUGGCUUUCUGCUGGCUGGAUUUGAUACCACCAGCAUUGCCCUCACCUGGACCCUUCUGCAGCUCUCAGAGAGACCUGACCUUCAACAAAAGGUCAGAGGUGAAAUGUCAUUAGUGUUGGGUGAUGAUAUAAACAGAACAAUUACACAUGAGGAAUUGGAUGCACUCAAACUCACCACUGCUGUAAUUAAAGAAACACAAAGGUUGUUUCCAGUGCUACCUGUAAUAUUUCGAACUGCUUUAGCUGACGAUAAUUUUAAAGGUUACCACAUUCCAAAAGGAACAAUAGUUGGAUUGCACGUUGGUGCUCUCCACAGAUUAAAUUGGGACAGUCCAGAGGAAUUUGACCCAAAUCGCUUUAUGCAGCAGGAAAAUGUUGCUUCUAUGACAUUUCUUCCCUUUUCAUAUGGUCCUUACAUGUGUAUUGGACACAAGUUCUCCAUGAUGGAAAUGAAAACAGUGCUAUCGGUUUUGCUUAGACAAUACUAUUUUGAACCAGUCCCAGGAUUUAAAUACCGUAAAUUACAGUCUGCUGUGUUGAGACCGAACCCUCCUGCGGUUAUUCGAGUGAAACCUUGUAAUUAAAACUAGCAAAUUAUGUACAGUAAUGCAUAACAAGACGCUUUAAUUUCCAGAUGAAUCAUUUCGUGAAGUGAAAUGUUUGUUUUGUCAAUUUGUGAAUUUUGUUAUAUUUACUUUAUAGAAUGUGUUUUGAAAUGAGGAUCAUAUUGCUAGAUAUUAAAUUGCUUGGUUUACAGCCCUGUCUUCAAAAUUAAAUGAUUUGUUUCCUUCAAAAUACAUGAAAACAGAGUAUACAUCGCACACUGGUAAAUUAUGUACAAAUCAAUAAUUAUGCUUUUUUAAGACUGUUAUUUUUGAAAUGUUAAUUUUGUAAUAAAUGGUGAAUACA